AUGCUAGCUGUUUGCCUAGGUCUUUUGGUUUUCAUCAACUGCUACAGCGUUAAAUGGGGCACAGUGACUCAGAAUGUGUUUACAUUUUCCAAGGUUUUUGCCCUUGUCAUCAUCAUCGUUGCUGGCGUUGUCUGGCUUUGUCUUGGCAAUACCCAGAACUACGAAAACGCCUUCACUGGUUCCAAGGACAAGGCAGCGUGGAUUGCCCUCGCCAUCUACCAGGGUAUAUUUUCGUUUUCCGGAUGGAGCUAUCUGAACUUCGUAACCGAGGAACUGAAGGACCCAUUUAAAAACUUGCCAAAAGCGAUCUACAUAUCGCUGCCCGUUGUGACUGCCAUCUACGUGCUAACAAACGUCGCCUACUUUGCAGUUCUGACGGCUGACCAGAUGAUGGAUUCGACGGCGGUGGCUGUGGAUUUCGCUGAAUACAUCCUCGGUGGCUUCGCUGUGGUGAUGCCAAUCUUCGUGGCGCUGUCGACGGUCGGAAGUCUCAACGGAGUGCUGUUCACCUCCUCCCGCAUGUUCUUCGUUGGUGCUCGGGACGGUCUGCUGCCGGACCUGAUAGCCAUGAUAAACAUCAAGUUGCUGACGCCAAUGCCUUCGUUGCUGAUUCUGGGAAUUCUUUCACUCUUGAUGCUCACUAGUACUGACGUUUAUGCUCUGAUCAACUACGUUAGCUUCACCGAAUCGCUCAUGUUUGGCACCGCCGUGGCUGGACUGCUAUACCUCCGUUGGAAGAAACCGGAAAUGCCUCGGCCCAUUAAACUUAAUUUGUCGAUACCGAUCGCCUUCUGUGUAAUGUGCAUCUUUCUGCUAAUACUACCAUUCUUCACACAACCGCACGAAGUAGCGAUCGGUACGGCCAUCGUACUGUCAGGAAUCCCAGUGUUCUAUUUUCAUAAAUAUUGCUUGCCGAAGCUAGUGUGGUUUAGAAUACAGUGGAACAACUUUACGCGUUUUUGUCAGAAGCUGGCCUACUGCGUACCUGAGGAAGCGGCUAUUGGUAGUCAGAAUUGA